AGCUAGAAUUUCUCAUGACCAGCAUAAAGAAGAAAGCAAGAUUAUUUCAUUAUUCAGUCUUUAAAACGAAAACUUUCCCUGCUGGAGAAGAACAGUAAAUCAGGCUAACGCUGGGACCUGUUGGACCCCUCAGCCAUGUGGAGAAGAUACUUUGCAAGACCAUUGGAACGAUCCAGUGAAGAUGUGGAUAUAAUCUUCACCCGACUGAAAGAAGUUAAAGCUUUUGAGAAAUUUCACCCAAACCUCCUUCAUCAGAUUUGUUUAUGCGGUUAUUACGAGAACCUGGAAAAAGGAAUAACAUUAUUUCGCCAGGGUGACAUUGGAACAAACUGGUAUGCUGUCCUGGCAGGAUCUUUGGAUGUUAAAGUGUCUGAGACCAGCAGUCACCAGGAUGCGGUGACCAUCUGUACCCUGGGGAUUGGGACAGCCUUUGGGGAGUCCAUUCUGGACAACACACCCCGCCAUGCAACCAUUGUUACCAGGGAGAACAGCGAGCUGCUCCGCAUUGAGCAGAAGGACUUCAAGGCACUAUGGGAGAAAUAUCGGCAGUAUAUGGCAGGACUUCUGGCUCCUCCUUAUGGUGUUAUGGAAACGGGCUCUAACAAUGACAGGAUUCCUGACAAGGAGAAUACACCUCUCAUUGAACCUCACGUUCCUCUCCGUCCUGCUAACACCAUUACCAAGGUUCCUUCAGAGAAGAUCCUCAGAGCUGGAAAAAUUUUACGAAAUGCCAUCCUCUCUCGAGCACCUCACAUGAUAAGAGACAGAAAAUACCACCUAAAGACAUACCGACAAUGCUGUGUGGGCACCGAGCUUGUGGACUGGAUGCUGCAGCAGACCCCGUGUGUUCACUCCCGGACUCAGGCUGUUGGCAUGUGGCAAGUCCUGUUAGAAGACGGUGUGCUCAACCAUGUGGAUCAGGAGCACCAUUUCCAAGACAAAUAUUUGUUCUAUCGAUUUCUGGAUGAUGAGCAUGAGGAUGCCCCUUUGCCUACUGAGGAGGAGAAGAAGGAGUGUGACGAGGAGCUCCAGGACACCAUGCUGCUGCUGUCCCAGAUGGGCCCCGAUGCCCACAUGAGAAUGAUUCUGCGCAAACCACCUGGCCAGAGGACUGUAGAUGACCUAGAGAUUAUCUAUGAAGAGCUCCUUCAUAUCAAAGCCUUGUCCCAUCUUUCUACCACGGUGAAACGGGAGUUGGCGGGUGUUCUCAUCUUUGAGUCGCAUGCCAAAGGAGGAACUGUGUUGUUUAACCAGGGAGAAGAAGGUACCUCCUGGUACAUUAUUCUAAAAGGAUCAGUGAAUGUAGUCAUUUACGGCAAGGGUGUGGUCUGCACUCUGCAUGAGGGAGAUGAUUUUGGCAAGUUAGCACUAGUGAAUGAUGCUCCCCGGGCUGCCUCUAUUGUCUUGCGAGAAGAUAAUUGUCAUUUCUUAAGAGUCGACAAGGAAGAUUUCAACCGGAUCCUGAGGGACGUUGAGGCGAAUACAGUCAGACUUAAAGAACAUGACCAAGACGUCUUGGUACUGGAGAAGGUCCCAGCAGGGAACAGAGCUUCUAAUCAAGGAAACUCACAGCCUCAGCAAAAGUAUACUGUGAUGUCAGGAACACCUGAAAAGAUCUUAGAACAUUUUCUAGAAACAAUUCGCCUUGAGCCAGCUUUAAACGAAGCAACAGAUUCCGUUCUAAAUGACUUCAUUAUGAUGCACUGUGUUUUUAUGCCAAAUACCCAGCUGUGCCCUGCCUUGGUGGCCCAUUACCACGCCCAGCCUUCUCAAGGUACAGAGCAGGAGAAAUUGGAUUAUGCCCUCAACAAUAAGAGACGAGUCAUCCGCCUGGUUCUUCAGUGGGCUUCCACGUAUGGGGACCUCCUCCAAGAGGAUGACGUGGCCAUGGCUUUCCUGGAGGAGUUUUAUGUGUCUGUAUCAGAUGAUGCCCGGAUGAUUGCUGCCCUUAAGGAGCAACUGCCGGAACUGGAGAAGAUUGUCAAGCAAAUCUCAGAAGAUGCAAAGGCCCCUCAAAAGAAGCACAAGGUUCUUUUGCAACAAUUCAACACGAGCGAUGAGAGGGCCCAGAAGCGCCAGCCUAUCCGAGGCUCUGAUGAGGUUUUGUUUAAGGUCUAUUGCAUGGACCACACCUACACCACCAUUCGGGUGCCAGUGGCUGCCUCGGUGAAAGAAGUCAUCAGUGCAGUAGCCGACAAGCUGGGCUCUGGGGAAGGCCUGAUCAUAGUCAAGAUGAGCUCUGGAGGAGAAAAGGUGGUGCUCAAACCUAAUGAUGUUUCAGUAUUUACGACGCUCACCAUUAACGGACGCCUGUUUGCUUGCCCGAGAGAGCAAUUCGAUUCGCUGACUCCCUUACCGGAACAAGAAGGCCCAACUGUUGGGACAGUGGGGACUUUUGAGCUGAUGAGCUCCAAAGACUUGGCGUACCAGAUGACACUUUAUGAUUGGGAACUCUUCAACUGUGUGCACGAGCUGGAGCUAAUCUAUCACACAUUUGGAAGGCAUAAUUUUAAAAAGACCACAGCAAACUUGGACUUGUUCCUGAGGAGAUUUAAUGAAAUUCAGUUUUGGGUUGUCACUGAGAUCUGCCUUUGUUCCCAGCUCAGCAAGCGUGUUCAGCUCCUAAAGAAAUUUAUUAAGAUAGCAGCCCACUGUAAGGAGUACAAAAAUCUGAACUCUUUUUUUGCCAUCGUCAUGGGACUGAGUAACGUUGCCGUGAGCCGCUUAGCACUCACGUGGGAGAAACUGCCGAGCAAGUUCAAGAAGUUCUAUGCAGAGUUUGAAAGUUUAAUGGAUCCUUCAAGAAACCACAGGGCCUACAGGCUGACAGCAGCCAAGCUGGAGCCUCCUCUCAUCCCCUUCAUGCCUUUGCUCAUCAAAGAUAUGACAUUUACUCAUGAGGGGAACAAGACGUUCAUUGACAAUCUAGUAAACUUUGAAAAAAUGCGCAUGAUUGCAAACACCGCCAGAACAGUGAGGUACUACCGGAGCCAGCCGUUCAGUCCUGAUGCAGCGCAAGCUAAUAAGAACCAUCAGGAUGUCCGGAGUUAUGUACGGCAAUUAAAUGUGAUUGACAACCAGAGAACUUUAUCACAGAUGUCGCACAGAUUAGAGCCUCGUCGGCCAUAGACAUCUAACAUGCCCAGAGCAAUGGUUUGUCUCCAAUCUACAAUCAAAUUUCAAAAAUGCCAUUUGUGCUACUACUGACUGUAAUGCCACUAGGGAAUCCUACAAAAGAAACAAAGCCACAUCCUGAGACACCUCAGGGCCGCUUUCAGCUUACCAACUACAUGGCAAGAGAAGAAAUUAUUUGACUUCCAUAAAGCUUACAUAUUCUAGCUUAGGAACCUCCAAUCGGUUAUCACUCUGUUUCAUUUCCAGUUGUACCAUCUUCAUAAGGCCUGCACGAAGAGCCUGAUAGAAAUCCACUGUCAACAGAAAUACCAAGCUCCUGGUCCUUAUCCCAAGAGUGUACACAGUAUGAGAUGUGCUACAAAGGGGAUUGAUUCGGAUACAUCGGUGGUGACUAGUUACAGUUUCAUAAUUUUUAGCUCAACAUCUUGAUUUGGAGCUUAGGGUUUGGAGCAGGUGUUGAGGAAUCUGUGUAAGUCCAAAUUAUAGUUUUAUUAUUCCAUCUUCAUAGACUUACCUCUAAAGGCAUAGAACUUGCCCACGUUAUUAUAAAACAUUAUGGCUAUGGGUGUAACUUAGGGAGGACUGGUCUGUAAUUUCUGAAUGGUGUAUAGAAUAUUUAUGUUUACAAUGUAAUUUUUUAAAUUUAUAACUCAAGAUUACCUACAUAAGAAUUCCACUAAGAAACACCACGGUUCUUAAAAUUGCCAGCGUUAAGAUAGGAAAUAACAUUUCAGAAGAGCACAAUAUGCACAAAGCAUUUUCCAAAAUUGAAAUAUUUUCCUGGGCAUUAAAAACCUUUCAGCUACAAAUUUAUUGUUACUGAUGGAAAAAAAGACAUAUUUUCUGGAUUUAGAUGUUAUUACAAAUGUCUUAAUUUUCAACAAUUGUUUUGCACUUUCAAAUAGAUUGUAAAUAGUUCAUUCAAUUAAUGGUAUAGAGUUAUUUAUUUGCUACAUAAUAGAUAUUGUGCCAAAUAAUUACUUUUUAUUUAUUUUAUUUAGUAUGUAAUUUUGGAGUACAUGUUUCUGUUCUCACAGUUAGAUUACAUUUAAUGUGAAUUGUAUGUAUGUAUAUCUUCUGUAAAUAACAUCUAGUAUCUUCAUUAAAUAAACUUGUUGACAAGAAUA